AUGUCGAGGCAAGAGCUCUUUGUUGCCGCAGCUCGUAAAUGUUUGUCUGUUGGUAGAAAAUCUCUCUCCGUCUCUCAGAGUCUGGAUUUGGCCGCCCAGGUCUCAGCUGUUGAUUUGGGACUGAAACCGGCUUUAUUGUACGAUAGCAACGGAGCCGGGGCAGAUGAGGUGCAGCAGUAUUUGAGCUCUUUGCAGUCUUCCCAGCUUGUGUCUAAAUCACUUCUCACGCUGGAUUUGAAUGGAAACAGUCUUAUUGUUAACGCACUUGCAGUCCAACCAAACGCAGAACGCCAGUUUAAUUUGAACAACGUGGCUGUUAUUGAUGUCUGCCACACGCUGGAGAAGCCCACCAUUGCUGACUCGCUCAGAGGAGACACAAAGAACGUGACACAAGAUCUACUGCUCCUCCUGAGCGGGCUUGAACUUACGGCAGCUGAGAAACCUCAUUGUGUCGGAGAGAAGUCCCACGGGUGGAACCUGUGCACAUUGUUUGGUUUUUUGUUGGGUUUUCCUGUCACUUACUGGUUUGAUCAGACCAAGAGCUUUGAAAACUGUCUGUCAAUGACUCCCCUGGUAGUAACUACGGCUUCAGCAACAUGGCAGGCAGAAUCUGGGGAUCACAAAUGUUGUCUGUACUCCUUCAGCUUCCCGGCUGACCUGUUUAAAGCGCUGCAGUCCAACCUGGAACACUGGAGGCUUACUUUAAAAGAGAGAUUUAAACUGCAAGAUGUCCUAAAGGAUCUUACAUUUGGUCAAUCCACAGUAACUCUGCCCUCCGUCUGUUUGUGAUGCUGACAUUAAAAUAAAGGGUUGAAUGUUGU